AAUAAUAAUAAUAAUAAUAUGCAUAUUAUGCAAUCGAAUAAAUAUCGAAAAUUUAUUUUAUUAUGCGAUAAUGGAUAAUUGAUUUGAUUAGUUACAAUCAUAAACUUAAUAAAUUGCUUUAUUUUCACACGUAUAUUGUAUAUCUUUAACGGAUAAAGAAAAUCAAAGGCUUUAACAUUAUUACAUUCACUAUUGAAUUAUAAGACCGACGUUUAAUUCUAUUUUGAUGAUAUUACCCAGAAAUUAUUUCGAUCCAAAAGGAGUUUAUGUGUGUGUGAGUGUGUGUUUGUUUGUUUGUUUGCACUUUUCUUGAUUCGUAAUUUAUGAAUGAAUGAAUGAAUGAGAUAAAACAAUGAACCGAUUACUUUAGUGAAUUAUAGCCAACUAAAUUUGAACUUUGUGCUAUACAUCCAUUUAACAUAUAGAUACAUUAUAUAAACAUUAUGGAUGCUAAUAAUGCAUUGAAAUUAGGAAGAUUAUUUCGUGUGCCUUAUGGUGGAGAAGGUGUGGAUUUUAUAGAUCAAUUAAAUUAUCAAUUUACAAGUGGUAUAAUUGUAUUAUUUAUUGUUAUGAUUGGAUUUCGUCAAUAUGUUGGUAAACCUUUACAUUGUUGGGUACCACAAGAAUUCACAAGUUCAUGGGAAGAUUAUGCUGAAAAUAUUUGUUGGGUACAAAAUACUUAUUUUCUUUUACCAAAUGAAGCUAUACCAGAAGAUGAUUUUGAAAUGUUAAGAGUACGACAUAUAUCAUAUUAUCAAUGGGUAGCAAUUAUAUUAGCUGGACAAGCUAUGAUGGCAUGGGUACCGCAUGUAUUAUGGCGAGUUUGGUCAAAACGUGUACCUGUUCUAUUAAAAAAUGCACGUGAAGCUGCUGUACCUGAUAAAGAAGUACGACAUAAAGCUAUUAGUUGUCUUGUAGCUGCAUUAGAAGAAAUUUCUGAAGCAUCAAAACGUUAUCGACGUACUCGGGGAAUAUUUCAACGUUGUUUAGGUGGUCCACCACCGACUACACGUAUUACAUUAUUAUUUCUAAUUGUACGUAUAUUUUUUAUUGCAAACAAUAUUGGACAAAUUUAUGUUAUGAAACAUUUUAUUGGAACAAAUGAUACAUUAUUUGGUUUACAUGUAUUUCAAGAAUUAUUAAUCGGUAGUGAAUGGGAAGUUAGCGGUUUAUUUCCACGUGUAACAUAUUGUGAUGUAAAAGUUAGAAAAUUGGGACAAUUAAAACCUGCAUCAUAUACACUACAAUGUGUUCUUCCAGUAAAUUAUUUUAUUGAAAAAGUCUAUAUAUUUCUAUGGUUUUGGUAUAUAUUAAUGGCAUGUUUAACAAUAUUAAAUACAUUUAUAUGGAUUACAAAAUUAUGUUUACCAUAUCGUCGUGUCCAAUUUAUACGUCAAUAUUUAAAAGCAUUAAAACAAUUAUCACAUACAGAAGAAACAGAAUGUGCUCGAUUUGUUAAUAAUAAUUUAGGUUGGGAUGGUAUAUUUUUAUUACAAGCCGUAAGUAAAAUCUCAAGUGAUUUAAUUGUACUUGAUGUCACUGGUAUGUUAUGGAGCAACUAUCAACGUGCAAAAAUUACUGGAACUGAAGAAAAUAUUGGACGAUUUAUUGAAAGUAUUAAUCGUGUUUAAAAAACAAACUUCUUCUUCUUCAUCUUCUUCUCCUUUUUCUUCUUUUUCUUCUCUUUUUUUUUGAUAAACAAUAUAUAAACAUAUCAAAAUGGAUUCUUUCUAUAAAAAUGAUAUUCACUAGCCUGUGAUUUAUUUAUACAGAUGACUAAUGAGUCUCUCUCCUUCCCUCCCUCUCUCUCUCUAUAUAUAUAUAUAUAUACCUAGUGAACAAUUAGUAUACAUGUACAUAUAUGCCUUUUAUAAACGCAGCAAAUCCUAAUGAAUUAUUUGAUCAUUUUGUUUUGUUAAAACUAAUUGCUCAGCUCUUCAAUGAAUUUGAAUCUUCUUCCUUAGUUACAAUUAUUAUUAUUGUUAUUAUUAUUAAUACAAUUAAUAUUAUGUUAGUAACAAUUAUUAUUUAUUGAUUGUUUACUCUUUCUAAUGAUAAUCACUAAUUAACAAUACUAUAAAUGUGAAUAUUAUUAUAAAUAGGGUAUCAAAUUACCCAAUAUGUAAUACUUUUUGAAUGAUAUAAAACUAAGAAAUCAAUAUUUGAAGAUACUCAUUUUAUUCAGUUAUUUAUCAAUAUCUUAAUCUUAUUCCCCCCCCCCUUCAUUUUAACUAAUCAGUAUCUAAUGAAUAUUGUAUAGGAUAUUUGUGUAUACAUGAAUAUUUAUCAAAAACGAAUUCUAUUGUAUAAUUAUAUUGGUGUGUAUUUAUGUAUAUCCAUUGAAUAAAUGAAACUAUAUAUAUAUAUAUAUCCUAAUUUCCCAUACAGAUUGAGAAAUGUUCCCCCCUUUGGUCAGAUUUUUAUUUAACGCAUAAAUGCAAAAUUUAUUUAUAUAAAAAUUCAACUGAUCUUCGUUUCUUUUUUCUUGAUAUUUUUGUCAUGGUAACAAUUGUUAAUCAGUGGGUAUGAUAUCAAACUCAUAGACAUUAUUACUUAUCUAUAUGUAUAUGUGAAUAAUAAAUAGAAUUAUGGUCUUCCUGUAAUUCAGUUGAUGUUAUGUAUAUAUAUAUAU